AGUGGGUAGGCCAUCUCUAUUAUCUGGGAAAUCCUUUUCAAUUAAAUUUCUCACUCUUCCUUAUAUCUAGAGAUAUUUUCUUUGAAGCUUGACAAUCUUCAGAUAUCACCAGUGAGCUUGAAUUGCCACUGGAGAUCCCAAUAUCUCAGUGAACUUCAGGAAGAAAUUCUUCCACAUUCUUAGCGAGCUUCAAACUCAUGGCAUUCACUGAACCUGUAAACCCAAGUAAUGAGAGAUCCACAAUCAUCGAAUCCACUUAUCUUCAGAACCGGCUUCAAUGCCACGCAUUCCUCAGAUUCAUUCUUGUGACUCUGUUCUUUGUCAUGAUCUUUUCUCCUGCAGCUGCAUAUGAUCCCUUAGAUCCCAAUGGGAACAUAACGAUCAAAUGGGACAUAGUGUCUUGGACUGCAGAUGGCUAUGUCGCAUCAGUGACAAUGAACAACUUCCAAAUGUACCGGCAUAUCAUGACCCCUGGCUGGACCCUGGACUGGGUUUGGGCAAAGAAAGAAGUGAUAUGGUCCAUGGUGGGAGCUCAAACUACAGAACAAGGAGACUGUUCCAAGUUCAAGGGGAAUGUCCCACAUUGUUGCAAGAAGAACCCUACAGUUGUUGAUUUACUUCCCGGCGUCCCUUACAAUCAACAAUAUAGCAAUUGCUGCAAAGGGGGAGUGAUGGCUUCAUGGGGUCAAGACCCUUCCCAGGCAAUCUCAGCCUUUCAGGUCAGUGUUGGCCAAUCCGGUACUUCAAACAAGACGGUGAAACUGCCCAAGAGCUUCACUUUGCUAGGUCCAGGACUGGGCUACACUUGUGGCCCUGCAAAAAUUGUGCCACCCACUGUCUACCUCACUGCUGACCGCCGGCGUAAAACACAGGCACUUAUGACAUGGAACGUGACGUGCACUUAUUCACAGAUCCUAGCCCGGAAGAACCCAAAUUGUUGUGUCUCGUUCUCAUCCUUCUACAAUGACACCAUAACUCCAUGUCCCACCUGUGCUUGUGGAUGCCAAAACAAGAAGAACUGUAUCCAAAGUAGUGAUCCAAAGGUGCUGAGGGAAAUCAACACCACAAGGAAGGAUAAUACACCACUACUGCAGUGCACACACCAUAUGUGUCCGAUCAGAGUGCACUGGCAUGUAAAGCUCAACUACAAGGCAUACUGGCGUGUGAAGAUCGCUAUCACCAAUUUUAAUUACCGGAUGAACUACACACAGUGGACGCUUGUCAUGCAGCACCCAAAUCUCAAUAAUGUCACUCAAGUCUUCAGUUUCGACUAUAAGCCUCUUGUCCCCUACCAAUCUAUAAAUGACACUGGUAUGUUUUAUGGCAUGAAGUACUAUAACGACCUACUGAUGGAGGCUGGGCAAUUAGGAAAUGUACAAUCAGAGGUACUCCUUGAGAAGGAUCCAAUCACAUUCACCUUCAAGCAAGGAUGGGCAUUUCCGCGGAAAGUCUAUUUUAAUGGUGAUGAAUGCAUGCUACCGCAGCCUGAUGCAUACCCGUUCCUUCCGAAUUCUGCCCUUGCAAAUCUCUCUUCAUUCCCAAAACUGGUGGCUUCUCUGCUCUUCCUAUUGAUGACUGUCCGGUGGUAGAGAUUGUACAGAUGGAAAAGGAGUUCCCUGAAAGUUUUGAAGGAAGGAAGAGCAAACCCCGUUUUGAUUGGAGGUGCAGGUACAUAUAGCAUCAAAAUUUCUUUGAUAACCAUCUAAAGUAAUGGAACCUCAUGUACAGGUCAUUAUGGGCCAAUCAAAGCAAUAAAAUCCAAUUAUAAGGAAGCAGUAGUAAUUCUGUAAAUAUUGUGUAACAGUUUAGAAUCCUUUUGGAAGAGAGAGAACAAAAUCUGAGACGUAAAAGUAAUUACAUUUAACGAGAAAGGAUGGAUUUGAAAUUUCCAAGAA